GGGGAACAGUUUCCGUGGUACAACUCUGACUGUCACAGCUCUGCAGGUGCAGGUAACCUCGGUAACAGUCCUGCAGGAUUACACUGAAGCAGUGCUGAGGUGUCACCACAGCUGCUCUCCUGCUGGUUACAUGUCAUACAUCUGGUUUAAGAAUGGACAGAAAAUCCCAAAUGAGGAAAAGUCCUCUCAUGAGGGAUGGGCUUUCCCAGGAGACUUCAUCUCUUGUGCUCUGAGAGGACUUGAGAAGUCUGUCUCUCCCUCAGUGUAUGCUCUGAAGGCUCCCUCUGUGUCAGUAAGUCCUCCUGUUGAAAUAACGAAUGGCAGUUCAGUCACUCUGAAAUGUAGCAGUGAUGCUAACAGAGAAGCUAACUACACCUGGCUCAAGAGGAACCAAACACUGCCCAGGGAAGAACCACAACUUGUCUUCACUUCCAUCCAGCCCUCUGACUCUGGAGAGUAUCGCUGUACAUCUGAGAACGAGCUGGGAAAGAGAACAUCUGAACCCGUCUUCAUUGAUGUCAAAUAUGCUCCACAGCUUCCCUCCGUGUCAGUGAGUCCCUCUGGUGAGAUAAUGGAGGGCAGUUCAGUGAAUCUGACCUGCAGCAGUGAUGCUAACCCAGCAGCUAACUACACCUGGUACAAGGAGAAUGAAGACUCACCAAAAGCUGUAGGACCGGUCUUCAUCAUCACUGAAUCCAGAGCUGAACACAGUGGGAAUUAUUACUGUGAAGCCCAUAAUGGAAUAGGACGUCAGAACUCCACCUUACUUCUGAUUGUUGUGGCAGGAGCAUGGACAUCAACAGCUGUUGGAACAAGCCUUGCUGUAGUCUUUGUCAUCUUACUCCUCGUUGUAUUCAUCCUGAUAAGGCAAGCAGUUUGCUUUUAUCGAUUAUAG